AUGGUUUUGACGCAGUCGGUGCAGGUAUUCGGGCGCAAGAAGACCGCCACAGCAGUGGCCUACUGCAAAAAGGGACGAGGCCUCAUCAAGGUUAAUGGCCGUCCGUUGGAGCAUAUUCAGCCAGAAAUUUUACGAAUCAAACUGCAGGAACCGCUGUUGGUACUUGGCAAGGAUAGAUAUCAGGAUGUUGAUAUACGAGUGCGAGUUCAUGGUGGUGGGCAUGUCGCACAGGUUACUUUUUUCUUUUCUGUGCUACCAGAAAAGGCUGGAUUUUUUGAUGUUGAUGAUAAUAUUGAGAGGUGUCCGGUGUCCAGUACUCCACGGUAUUAG